UCGUUAUAUCGCUGCGAUCUGUAAUAUUCACACUCCCUCCGAGAAGUACAAAGCACACGUCCAAAUAAAAUGGCCUCUCCUCAGCAACUUCGCACUCCUCUCACCGAUCUACUUAAGAUCAACCACCCAGUCCUUUUGGCUGGUAUGAACGUUGCUGCCGGCCCUAAGCUUGCCGCAGCCGUCACCAAUGCAGGUGGCAUGGGUGUCAUCGGCGGUGUUGGUUAUACUCCAGAGAUGCUCAAGGACCAAAUACAAGAGCUGAAGAGCUUUCUGAAUGAUAAGAAUGCGCCUUUCGGUGUCGAUCUCCUGCUCCCCCAGGUUGGAGGCAACGCUCGUAAGACCAACUACGAUUAUACUAAGGGAAAACUCGACGAGCUCGUCUCUAUCAUCAUCGACAGCGGUGCUAAGCUUUUCGUUUCCGCUGUUGGAGUUCCUCCAAAGCACGUUGUCGAGCGCCUCCACAAGGCUGGAAUCCUCUACAUGAACAUGAUCGGUCACCCAAAGCAUGUGCAGAAGUGCUUGGAUGUUGGUGUUGAUAUUAUUUGCGCCCAAGGUGGUGAGGGUGGUGGCCACACUGGAGAUACUCCCACCUCCAUUCUCAUUCCAACUGUUGCCCAGCUCGUCAAGGGCCACAAGAGUCCAUUGACCGGUCAGCCAGUCCAGGUAGUUGCUGCCGGUGGUAUCUUCAGCGGCCAGUCCGUUGCGUCCGCUUUGAUGCUUGGUGCUUCCGGUGUCUGGGUUGGUACCCGAUUCGUCCUCUCCGACGAAGCCGGUGCUCCUAAAGCACACCAAGAAGCCGUUAGAACCGCUGGCUUUGAUGACAAUGUCCGAACUAUUAUCUUCACUGGACGACCUAUGCGUGUGCGCAUGAACCCAUACAUCCAGAACUGGGAGGAGAACCGCGCCCAGGAGAUCAAGGAGCUCACAAGCAAGGGUGUUAUCCCUGUUGAGCAUGAUUUCGAGAACCUCGGCGAUGAUGUCGAUGAUGAUACCCUUGAUAAUGCCCGCCCACACCUGAUGGGUAAGGCUGCUGCCGUUGUCAACGAGAAGAAGCCUGCUAAAGCUAUUGUUGAUGAGCUCGUUAGUGAUGCCGUUGCCUGGCUUAAGAAGGGCAACGGCAUGAUAUCCAAGCUGUAAAUGCAUAUUAAAUUUUGUUGACUUUGCAUAUUUCUUUUGACUCCUCAUCAAGGCAAUUAAGAGAUGUCUAUUUGGAGUACUGGGAACGGAUUUGUAUAUAUCAUGAC